UUUGCCGUUUAUGUGUAGCUUGAAUGCCUUGAUUAGUAUUCCUUGGGUUAUAUUAAUAUAUUGUUGGUGCUACAGACUGCUUCAUGUACAUUUUGCUUGUAAUUUACUGGUGUGACCAAUCUUCGCGAAAGGUUCCAAAUAUGGAAGACAAUGCCACAGUAAUUUGAAGAUGGGUAACACGCAUAUAUGUAAUAAAUGAACAAUGAGCUCCCCAAGUGGAUGUGUCAAUUGCAAUGAUGAGUCGGAGAUUGACACCAAACAUGAAGCUGAGUGCUCAGAGGGUGAGGAUGCUCAGAUCCGGAUUGCGCCGCAUGUGCAGGCAUACUUGGCACACAACAAUCCCACCACUACUUGCUGCGGAUUAAGUAUACCUAUAGCUUUUGAAAGGGCAGCUCCUGGCACUUGGUGGAAUCCUCGUUUUGAUUCUGAAGUACUCGAAGGCCAAUAUCGUAAUAGUUCCUUUAGGCAGAUAAGACUAAGAUUCAGAUUUGCACUUUUAUACAUAUUGAUAUUUUCUAUAACAUGGUUUAUCUACUUUGUGGUUCUUGGCCUUGGCUUCAAUAAUAUGGUAGUGAAAUGGCCAUAUUUAUGCUCAAUAUUUGGGGGAGUACUUUUGAUAACCUGCAUUAUGUUAUUUAUUACCUUUACUAAUGUGUACAAAGUGUACACACUCAAAUUGUCACUGGUGAUGGCACUCGCGUUGUGUGCACUCAGUCUCUCCCUGGUGACUCUGACCACUGUCACCCACCCUCAAGACGGUGCAGUACAGGCAGCAGACAUCAGCCAAUCUGGACACUUUACUAUGUGCAUUGAAAUUCUGCUCAUUAUUUACACAUUGACUCCACUGCCGCUUUAUGCCUGUGUUGUCAUUGGAUUACUGUAUUCCAUAAUCUUUGAAAUUCUCAACAUAGUGUUACACAUGAAAGAGGGUGAAUUGCACUACCCUGGAUUAUUUGUGAGGAUAUUACUGCAACUUUGUGUACAUAUUAUUGGAGUGCAUAUAUACCUAAUGACAUUCGUAAGGAUGCGCGGCACUUUUAUGAAAGUGGGACAGAGCUUGUUAGUUAGGAGGCAACUGGAGAUGGAAAAACAACUGAAGGAGAAAAUGAUACAUUCAGUGAUGCCGCCCAAACUUGCCAGUUGGCUAAUGGAUGAGCAAGUGCAGGAGUCUGACACUAAUCUUCGAACGCAUGAUCCUCUAAAUCCGAGGAAUUCAAAUCCGGGAACAUCAGACAUAAAGUCUUUAUUUAGACCAUUCAACAUGAGCUGCAUGGAUAACGUCAGUAUACUAUUCGCUGACAUUGUCGGUUUUACAAGAAUGUCCAGUAAUAAAGGUGCUGAAGAAUUAGUGAAUAUUUUGAAUGAUCUUUUCGAGAAAUUCGAUGAACUCUGUAAAGCGCACGGAUGCGAGAAAAUUUCAACUUUAGGAGAUUGUUAUUAUUGUGUGUCGGGUUGCCCGGAGCCGCGGCCGGACCACGCCACUUGCUGUGUCGAAAUGGGAUUGGGUAUGAUCGAAGCGAUACAGGAAUUUGAUAGAGAACGCGGGGAAGGAAUCAACAUGAGAGUGGGCGUGCACACUGGCACGGUGCUCUGCGGUAUCGUGGGCACGAGACGGUUCAAAUUUGACGUCUGGAGUAACGAUGUCUCCUUCGCUAACAAAAUGGAGUCGACAGGAAAGCCGGGCCGCGUCCAUAUAUCUGAAGAAACUAGUCGGUUUCUGGGAGGGUCUUACGUUUUGGAAGAAGGCGAGGAAGUGUUUGGUCAUAAAACCUUCUUCAUAGAGGGCCGUCAGCUGCACUCUCCCUACGACCACGAUCAGUGUCUCACUCCUUCAAAUCCCGUUAAUUUACGUCUCAUAAUAUCCCCCGCAGCCUCUCCGCAGUCUAUCCUAUCGUUCAACCAUUCUCCGCAACCUCCGUCGCGAGGUAGCCACCGAAACAAUACGCUAGCUCCUCACAAACCUGAUUCCAGCAAUUAUCUAUCGCCUACUCCAUUCCAUUUCCGUACCAAAGCUAGUUCGUUGCCCAGUAUUCUGGAUUCAGACGCUGAGCUGGAGGAUAAGAGAGAGAAGGCAUUCCCUGAGAGAGCCGACAGCUCGUCUAAAAGUCCCACUUCUGUCGGGAGCUACGGGAAAUACACGAACAAGUUGAAAAAUUGGAAAGUACCCAAAUUUUUACGGAAGCACUCGGAUACACCAUUGCACGAGAUAAAAAAGCAAGAGUUUGGUGAUAAAACUAUACACUUUUUAGAAACUGGAGCCGGUAUCGGCUUACAGUCGAACAACGGGUACCAUCAAGUGCCUAUAGUGAUAGAAUCUCAAGACAAUAAAGUCGCGAGGCCCGUGCACAGCAGCAGUAAACUCAACAUACCGCAGAGUCACGAGAUGGCAUGUUUCGAGCGCGAGAUUAUUGAUAUUCGAUCGUACUUGAGCCAGUCGCGGAGCAACAUGUCACCGUUCGCGAGAAGCAGCAGCUACCGAUCACAGUACGGUAGACCUAAUCACAUCGAGGUGCCGCCGCCGGUCCGCGCGCGCAGCUCGACGCUGAGCGCCCACCAGGGCGGGGCGGCGGGGGCGGCGGGGGUCGCGGGGGCCGCGGGGGAGGGCGACGCGCCGCGGCCGAAGGAGCGGCGCCUGCACCUGCCGCUGGCGCCGCCCGCGCGCGCCGACGACAGCGUCAGCCUGUGCCCCUCCGUCAACAGCCGCAAGGACUCCGGCAUCCGGAGCACGAGUCGGCGCUCCAGCAUUCAGCACCAGAUAUUCGCGCUGAACAACACGCUGGCCGCGUCGCAGCACGACAUGAUGCAGCAGCGCGUGUCGGGCUACUACACGUCCAGCCAGUCGUCGCUGAACGAGACGUCGCGCAGCCGCCUGCCGCCUCCGUUGGACGCGAAGCAAGUGGAGUCGCUGCAGAAACUGCGCAAGCAGUCCGACCUCCACCUCAUCCGAUGCGUCCAAGACAACGCCAGGUCGGGCGUCAAUUACUUCGUCCAACCGCCUCUCACCAGGUUCACCUUGUGCUUCAAGACUCCGGAAAUGGAAAAGUUCUACAGAGACAAAGCUCACCGAAGCGACGACUGCGAGGAUUUCCCUCCUACUCUGACCACGUCCAGGUUUAACACGGCAUUAGAUAUCCUGGUCUCGGCUAUUAUAUUCCUGUCAGUCGCCGCGUCGACGUUCGCGCUCUACGACCAGUGGCGCCGGUCUAUAGGAUGGUUUCUGUUUUUCAUCCUGAUCGAGGCGAUGGCGACCUCGCUGUGCGUAUACAGGCAUUACCUGAAAUGGAAAACGAAAAACGGCACUUUGGUAGUGACCAGAACUAUCAGGCGGUCAGUCAAAAUAUUCAAAUAUUUAUCAAAUUGGUAUCCGUGGCAUCUGUCGGGUAGCUUGUUGAUUAGUUUGCCAAUAUUGGCGGUCUUAAUAAACUUCUCUUGCCAAAACACGACCCUGACGAUAUUGCAAGGUCAGCAACCUUUCUAUGUCUACCUUUUCUGUACUAGUGUCGUGCAUUUUUGUAAUUUCACGCAAAUGAAUUGGCUCGUCAAAAAUGUCCUAGUGUCCGCAUAUUCAGGCUUGUUUCUGUUCCUUGCCGUGCUCGGCUGCCAUGAAAUGCACUCCCGGCCGGGCGACAGUGUUCAUAAAACCUUAUCGCCUCUGACUGUUGCUAACAAUGAGACAGAUUUUUUCAACGGAACGGUGAAUGAUUUGAAUGACGGCAAGGUCGAAUUCCAACACGAAAUACAUCUGAAAGAACUUUAUUUAGACACUGUUCUUCUUCUCAUGUUGGUGUGGUUUCUCAAUAGAGAGUUUGAGAUAAGUUACCGAUUGAGCUUUUACAGCAAUUUCGAAGCGAAUCGGGAUAAGCAGAAGGUCCAGAACACACGGAACCAGGCCGAUUGGCUGCUCCACAACAUUAUUCCUCGGCACGUGGCGGACCAACUGAAAAACACGGCAAAAUAUUCAGAGAAUCACAAGGACGCCGGUAUAAUAUUCGCUAGUAUAGUAAACUUUAACGAAAUGUACGAUGAAUCUUAUUUGAAAGGGAAGGAGUAUCUCAGAGUGCUCAAUGAGCUAAUUGCCGAUUUUGACGAGUUGCUUGAAAGGUCCGAGUUCCAACAUGUGGAGAAAAUAAAGACGAUCGGCAGCACGUUCAUGGCAGCCAGUGGUCUGAACCCUGACCUGAGGCGCGCCUCGAGGGACCCUCACGAGCAUCUAUUUCAGCUCAUGGACUUCGCUUUAGAAAUGCAGAAAGUAGUGGACAACUUCAACCAAGACCUGCUCGAGUUUGAUUUUAUUCUUCGUAUCGGGUUUAACUUCGGCGACGUAACUGCAGGCGUAAUAGGGACAACCAAGUUGUACUAUGACAUCUGGGGCGACGCAGUCAAUAUAGCUUCAAGAAUGGAUUCCACCGGUGUGCCUAAACGGAUCCAAGUGGGAGAGGCCUGCAUACCGGUGCUAUCCUCGAGGUAUGAAUUCGAGCAGCGCGGUAGCGUUUACGUCAAAGGUAAAGACGACAUGAAUGUGUAUCUCGUUAUAGGUAAAAGGAAUGCCUAGAUAGAAAUAAUAUUUACAGCGAAAAGUAGAAUCUGUGAUUUAAUUGUAUAUUUUUGUGUAUGGUAAUAAUUGUAAGAGAAUAAGUAAUUUGUACACUUGUAGUAAUUUAAGAAAAGAUGCUUUUUUACCAUAUUUAUUUAGGCGUACUUUGUAGGGCUUGAAUAAAUACUCUGAGUGCUUUUGAAUAAGUCUCGUAAUUUAUUGUUAGUUGAGCUUUUGUGUCUGUAUUCGUAUAGGCAUCGUACGUGUUUGUAUAGAGGUGAGAUUUACUCGAAUAUGCGUCCAGAAAUCUCCUUGCCUACAUUGUGAACAUGUGACCAGUGAUCUAGUCUGCAAUUUGUCGUAAGGUGGCCCAUGUGUACUAAGCGGAGUUAUUAAACAAAUUGGAGGGGGCUUAAGUUAUUUUGGCGUAUUUUGAAUCAAUUAUUGUACACCAAGCUACUAAUUGAGUUUACUCGUAUAGCUGUAAACAAGGAAUUUAAUGAGUUGUUAAAAUGCUAUGACCACGUGAGGCUACCUUAAUAUUUAUUAAAAUAAAUUUUAAUUAUACACUACAUUUAUAUUUAUUACACUUUUGUAUAUAAAUUAGCUAUUUGACCUUGGUGGUAAGAUUAUGUUCUAAAGGAGUAAACAAUACUAAAUUAUUAUAGUAGUGAGGAGAUAGAUGCGUUUUAGUUGUUAAGGUAAAUUAUUUGAAUGUUAAUAAAAACAAUGGCCCUAACCUUAUGGCUCAAAUACGGCCUGAUCGUUUGUGUCGACCAAUAUCCCGUAAAAACUAUCUUUACACUCGGUUACCUUUGUCCCACUUACUCUAGAAAUCAGAGGUAAGUUCAGAAUCAACGUGAUCUAAGCGAUGAAAUUUACCACAUUUAUAGAGAAAAUAUUUUUAACUAGUGAUUUAAAAAAAAUUUCAUGCGAAUACCAAUUUCAUAAAACAUCACGUUUUAUAUAACCAAAUUGGUUAGUUUGGCUGAUCAGAAUAUUUUUAUUUUAAAAUGGCAGUACCUUUGACAUUUCGAAGAACUCGGUCCAUGGUUUAUUUUCGGAAUAUUUUAGUUUAAUGGAUAACUUAUGUAAACCACGCAUUAACUAAAAUUAUGUACCCUAAAAUUUAUAUUUAAGACAUUGUUACGCACAAAGUCUCCCUAUUUGUUUUGGUUUCCUUUUUACGCUUUUUUGGGAUGUCAGGGCAAUUAAGCACUUUUUGAGGCAUAUAUUAUUAGUUAUGGUUAAUUGUGCAUGUUUGCUACAAACGCUCUGUGAUACAUUGUACACAAUAUGUUCUGUCGUUUAACACAUUAUUAUCGUAAUUUCUUAUGAUCAAUCUAAGCAAUUUUGAUACUUUAUAACAUUUCAACCGAUAUAAUGAGCGAUGUGUUACUGAUUGAAAUAUCAUUAUGAUUGAUUACAACUUUAUUUGUUCCGUACGGAUACUAGUUUUAGACCCGUAUUAAUAAACAGAUCACUCUGAACUCGACAUGCAUCUAAGUUCUCCUGUAGUAACACAUUAUAAUCAUCGGCACCUUUGAACUGACUGGAGACUUAUCUUGUCUUAGUUUAAGUCUGAGUGACGUUUAUUAACAAACGGAAACUUUGACAACUCUCAAAUGUUCAAUGUGUAAUAAUCGAGGCACUCAAAUGUUAUUUAUUAAUAAAUACAGAUCGAGAUGACGCUUGAGACGGAUUUAUUAGUACGGGCUUUAACGUUUUCUUCAAACUUUUUAGAUUUACUAACACUUUUACAAAUAUAUAUAUAUAUAUAUGUAUUAUUUAUAUACCGUAGCGUAAAACGGUAACUUUAUACAAGUUACUGAUCCCAAAUGAAGGUUGGAUUCUACUUGAAGCAAAUCGUACCAUUGCUUAGUGUGUUUAUUGCACCACUGAAAUUUAUGAAUGCGGCUUGGUGCUCUGGUGCAAGUCGGGUUCAACCUUUAAUAACCUAGUAGGUAAUCUUCCAUCUUAUGAUAAAAGCCUUAUAUUAAUAUACAUUCCACUUGUAUUUUAACUAUUUGCCUUCAAAACGUAUGUAUUUGGACUGUUGACAUAUUCGCUGGCUGUCUGACAGGACCCUAGGACCAAAACUGGAAACUAUGUAGAUAUAAUUAGCUCUCUUUGAAAUUUACCUCUUUGUAAAGCAUAGAUUCUAUCUUAUUUAUUAAAUUAAAUAUAUUAUAAAUAUACAUACCGUAUUUAAAAAUUAAACAAUUAUAUUAGAGAACAUAUUUGUGAUGAUUAUACGAAAUUCACGUAGUUUUAAUAGAAUUGUAAAGUCGUUCAUACAUAACUCUCUUAUGAAUGACAACUUAAUUGUUGACCCCUUUACGUACGUAUCUUGUUCAUUCGUUGUAGACUUUACAAAUCGUGAUUAAAAGAGACGGACAAAUUUAACGAAAGUUGAUGUGGACAGAUUAUUUCACAGCUUUUGCACGAAGUUUGUUUUAUGCUAAUAACUUUCAAACAUUCCUCGAGUUUUGUGUAGGUAAUCGUUUUGAAAUUGAUUGAGUGCCAUCUAUUGAGUCUGGGGAGAACUAACAGUAAGAAAAUAGCGCGUACCAUGACAUAAAAUUCAUUGUAAACAUUUUAAACGAUGCCGCUGCCGCUGUCGAUGUAUUCAGGUUUCUGUGACCUGUUUGGUGCACAUUAACUUUGGUUGAAUUUGCCGAAGCUGAAUAUUUCGAAAUUGACUUCCUAUGCCUUCGAUGUAGAUUAGGCAUUUAUGUAAAGUGGACAUUUACUUAUUGAAAAAAAUUGAGGCGAGUUGAGUUUCAGUGCCGUCAAAUUUCACUGCAGAACUGUUUUUACGGAAUAAAUAUAAUCAGGCUGCAAACUUGUAGGUACAGCCGUCGAUAAAGAGGGUUAUCGGUUUCUAAACAUAGCGUUCGUGUAGUGUCUCCAAAAAUAUGUAGUAGUAGCGCAUGUACGUGAAGUAUCCGAUUGGCGAUGCUAUCUAAGUGUGUAACAUUCAAGGCCAGUGUUCCUAACCUGCUAACGAUAAAGAUUUUAAAUAUUUACUUAUCUCGAAUUGUUCGCUGUUUUUAUACUAAUUUUCUUAACAGCGACGAGAGAAUGUUACAUUCCCUGUGCCUAAUGCUUGCCACAAAACCUCUGUAGACACCUUGGCUGCGCUGAAUAAUAAUAAUAUUAAUCGUUUAUUAGGAAAAUUAACGAAAUGUAUGGUAUGUACUCAUACUUGUAAGGGCGUCACACACGGUCAAUCAUUAAAGUCUGGAAUAUAAUAUAUUGAAUUAAAAACUGUACUGAAAAUAUAAACCAUUUUUUGUUGAGCCAUAAUUGGUUAAUAAUAACAUGCGCCUUGCAAAUAUAUUUUAAAAGAUUUAAAAUGUAUUUGCAAGGCGCAUCAACAAUGCUCGUGGUCGACCGUGUGUAGGCGCUCUAUAUCGGAUCAUUGGAAAGACUGUAAUGCUUGGUGAGUCUGAAUUCUACAUAUAGGCUGAUGUCAGAGUCUGUCGCCCUUGAGGCCCGUUUGCAGGAUCUAGCUUCACGGCGAAUAAACUUGGGUACGCCUGUUUUGUAGGCAUAAACGAUACCUUUUCGAAUCGUUAUCCCUGCACUUCAACCGUUAAAGUCCAUCCAGCUGAUCAACGGUCAACGUGAGUCAUAAGCUAUUCAGUGCUAGGGUUACAUUCGCCAGUGUUGACCGCAAGCGCGACUCUGAAAUCCGGUAUAUUUAUAUUAAUAGCCAGACUUGACAUUGUAUAAAAAAUUAGUGAAGUUGAGGUCAUAAUGUUGAUCGAUUAUGUUGUGCAAAUAAUUAUAUUUCAUUUUAAUCUGUAAUCUUGUGUAGUUUAUAUCUAAAAUAAAUAUCAAUCUUGACUUAAUUAAUUGACCUGUGAUCUCAGAUAUUCUUAUUCCAAUUAAAAAAUAUAAAGGAAUAGCAAUGUAGGUAAUGUGAAUUCAGAUUCCAAAUGCACUGCAAUGUAAAGAAAGCAAUUUUCCACAUUUGCAAAACGAAAAUUGAGUGAAUGAUUAUUUAUUGUAAAAUGAAGUGUUCGUGUUUUUGCGAAUACGAGAUGUAUUUAUCGGUCUAAUUGUAAAAAAAUAUGUAUU